CAGUGUUUAAAUCAGAACGGAAAAUUAGUCCAAACGGUCAAGUACAAGCAAUUUGCUUAAACACAGCAUUAAAUUAGUCAAAUUUAAAAAUUAGCAGCAACAAAAUGAAAUUUGUCAUCGCCGCAGUCUUCACUUUGGCUCUCGCCAUGGGUGUCCAAUCGUCGAUCCUGCCCUUGUUGCCUGGCAUUACACAAAUCGCCGGACACGGGCUCUCCUACACAGCCGUCUCUGGACCAUUGGCCCUUCCCAUUGCUUUGUCCGCCCACGCCCCCGCAGCCGUGAUCGCUGCCGCCUCACCACCAAUCAUUGCUGCACAUGCUCCUCACGCACCUGCAGUAGUGGUCGCGCAUGGCGCUGCUGUACCCGGUGGCGCUUAUGUGGCUCAAACUCGUGGCGCCGUGCACUCUGCCCCGUUGCCCGGACACAUUUCCUCAGUGGCCAAUUUGAAUGUUGCUCCAGCACCUGGCACUUUGUAAAUUCAUUCCGCUGCUAGUUCGACUGUCUACCCUCCAUUUCCCUACUACCACCUUACAACUACAACUAAGUUGCAUAGUGGUGACACGGCUUAUGCUUUACUGACUUGAAUGAGAAAUAGCUGAGCACAGAAGUGAAGUUUAAACACACAACUGCCGACAAUGUCAACGAAAAUGCACACAAAUAAAAAAAAAGUAACACGAGCAACAAAAUCAUGUAGGUCAAAUUCCAUACAUUCAUCACAACAGCAAACGCAAACGCAACAAUACAACAACGCUACAUUCGUGUCUCAUAUUAUCAUCAAAGCACCAUAAUCUAUUUUGUAUAGUCCCUUCCUCAUUCAUUACUUUCCCUAUAUCCUUUUUCCAUCGAAGCUUACUUUUGUAAAAUGAAUAUUUCUUCUGCAUAUGCUUGUGAAAAAGUAAAGUUGUAAAUGAAUAAAUCGAUUGCGACUUAAAAACUAACCAAA